CUGACCAAGGAAUUACUGGGGAAGUUGGUGGUAGAGGGAGGCUAUUGACAUGUCACAGGAAGAUGCUCAAAAAUGUAGAGCACAUGGAGAAGAUCUCCAUGCUGGCUUUCCAUCCAGUUAAGAUGCACAGCUGCUAUGAGAAGGUGGUGAACCUGAGCCUUGAGGGUCUGCAGCAACAGUUUAACGUGAGCAGCCCGUCAGUGUUUGUCCAAAGGGCCCAGAUCCCCAUGAGAGAGAUGUUUGAGCAGAUCCUUCAUCAGAGUCUCGAGUCUCAGGGUACAGAGGAGCUGUGUAAGAUCAUCCAGCACUGCCAGGACAGAGUCAUUAAGACAACACUUCAUCUGUAGCUGAGAUGGAAACAGGGUCGUCAGAUCAAGAGGCACAGACAUGUCAGGAGGAUGCUGCUCCAAUGGACAACACAGGUGGACAGCAGGGUGCCAC